AUGGUAAAAUUCAGUAUCAAGAAGCUUUAUAACUUGCAAACUCCUCAGGGACAGAAGGUAUUCUGGAAAAACUUGAUCUUACACCCUCACAUUCAUCCAAGACACAAGUUUAACAUGUGGUUGGCCAUCCAUAGAAGAUUACCAACUGUGGAUAGGUUGCAGAGAAUAGGAAUUCAAGUUGACUCAAUGUGUGUUUUCUGUGGUCAGACAGAAGAACUAUUGGAACAUCUCUUCUUUGAAUGCUCAUACACAAGCUCUAUCUGGAAAAGACUGCUAAACUGGAUGGGAAUUCAAAGACAAAUCCAACCUUGGGAGGAGGAACUACAAUGGAUGACUUAUCAGGCAAGGAAGAAGAAAGGGAUUGGCAAUAUCAUUUCAGCUGUCUUUGGCAUGCUGCUGUACAGUAUAUGGAGAGACAGAAAUGCAAUCAGAUUUAACAGUGGAUGCACCUCAGCGGAGCAAAUAUGCAGAGAGAUUACCUCAUACAUCCAUAUCAAGAGCCAUGUACACAGCAGUUGGAGGAGCUAUAUGGAAGAUUUAGAUAGAUAUCCGUAA